CUAGGCGGACUGGACCCGCCAGGAGCCUGAGGGAGUAAGAGGAGGAGAGGGCGGACUAGGCGGCUCUGACUGGGGCACCGCCCCUGCGGCUCCGCGCACACCCGGAAGCGGCGCGGGCCGAGCGGAGCCGGGCGGGCGUGGGAACCUAGGCCGGGCCAAGGCGGCCAGGAGCUGAGAUGGCCGCGGGGCCAAAUGAAUGCGAGGAGUGGGUGGGCAGUGCAUACCUGUUUGUGGAGUCUGCGGUGGACAAGGUGAUCCUGUCAGAUGCCUACGCUCACCCCCAGAAGAAGGUGGCGGUGUACAGCGCCCUGCGGACCUCAUUGGCAGAGAGCGGCGGGAGCCCGGACCAACUACAAAUGCUUAAGAUCCACCGCAGCGACCCGCAGCUGAUCUUGCAGCUGCGUUUCUGCGGACGUCAGCCGUGCGACCGCUUUCUCCGCGCCUACCGCGAGGGGGCGUUGCGCGCCGCGCUGCAGAGGUGCUUGGCGGCGGCGCUUGCCCUGAACUCCGUGCGAUUGCAUCUGGAGCUGCGCGCUGGCGCUGAGCGGCUGGACACUUUACUGCCUGACGAGGAGCGGUGCUUGAACUGCAUCUUUGCCCAGAAGCCCGACCGGCUGCGGGACGAAGAGCUGUCUGAACUGGAGGAUGCGCUCCGGAAUCUGACGUGCGGCUCCGGGGAUCAGGGUGACAACGAGGAGGCGACUCCGGCCCCCUUGCAGUCCCAGACACCCUCCCCGUCGGAGGAGAAGCCACCGCCGCGAUCUGGCCAGACUUUUCUGUUCCAGGGUCAGCCCAUAGUGAACCGGCCGCUGAACCUACAGGACCAGCAGACGUUCGCUCGCUCAGUGGGGCUCAAAUGGCGCAAGGUGGGGCGCUCGCUGCAGCGGGGCUGCCGAGCGCUGCGGGACCCGGCCCUGGAUUCUCUGGCCUAUGAGUACGAGCGUGACGGGCUGUACGAGCAGGCCUUCCAGCUACUGCGGCGCUUCGUCCAGGCCGAGGGCCGCCGCGCCACGCUGCAACGCCUGGUGGAGGCGCUGGAGGAGAACGAGCUCACCAGCCUGGCGGAGGACUUGCUGGGCCUGGCGGAUCCCGAUGGCCGCCUAGUUUAGGCCCAGUACCCAGGGAAGGGGCCGUCUGUCAAGCGCCCAGUCAGGGCUUGGAGCACCUUGAUGUCUCUAGGCUCCCUUCUGCUGCUACUGCUGACCCCUGCCCAUCCAUGGGAUUACGAGACCGCACAUAAAACUCCUCUUGGCCUAUAUGCUGGAGCUGCUGGGGCAGAGUCGACCGACUUCCCCAGGGCUGGACAAGCGAAGGGCCCACCAAGCUUGCUGGGGUACACCAUUGGGAAUGCCGCCCCAGAUACUAGGAAAGGAAUGGGUGUGGGGGACCUGCUGUGGGGUCUGCCUUGCCCUCCUCCACGUCAGAAGAGGAGCUGUGGCCAGUCCUUACCUCUUCACUCAUUGAACAGUUACUCUUUAGGCACCUCCUGUGUCCUAGGCGUCUUCCUGGUUGCCACAAACACUUGUUGAGCAAGAUACAGGAGUCUUGCCUGCCUCCAGCUCACACUCAGUAUGGGACCCCCAAAAUUAAGCAAAAGUAAUAAAAUGUAACCCAUUUUAAAAAUUUUUAUUGUGUUUUCAGUGAAAGUUUACACAGCAUUUUAGAUUUCCAUUCAACAAUUUCUGUACAAGUUGUUCGUGACAUGGAUAAUAUUCUUCACAAUGCGUGAACAUUUUCAUUUUUUCUGCUCUGGUUGUUCCAUUCCCAUUAAUCUUGUUUCCCUUUCCCCUUACAUUCUUAUCUUUGUUUUAAAGUAAUUGUUGACCGUUUGGUCUCAUAAGGGUGAUUUUUUAAAGGAGCAUAGUACUUACGGGUGAUAUUAUUUUUGGAGCUAAUUGGUUAUUUAGCUAAAAGGUGACCUCAGUGGUUAGUUUUGGUUCCAGGUUUGAA